AUGCAGACCCGACACUCUUUACCGGCCGCUUGCAAGCUAUUUCCCCUCAUUCUCUCCCUCGCCGCUGUGGCGCGGGGCCAGAACACCUCGUUUGACGACACGCACUCGAGCUUCUCGUGGUACGGCGAGUGGCGCGCGAAUAACGGGGACUGCUCUGCUUGCGCGACGAAGCUCGACCAGUCCAAGGUUUAUGGCGGGACGUGGCAUGACGGGAGCUACGUUUCGGGCAAGGCCGAGCAGACUGGCGGGUCGUUCAGCUUCACCGGCACCGGGGUAUACAUCUACGGCGUCGACCAGCCGACCUCGGGCCCAGACAUCGUCUUCACGCUCGACGGCGUGUCCGCGACGCACUACUACACCUCCAGCGUUAACGCUAAGGUUUAUGGCGCACUGUUUUAUUCGAGGACGGGGCUUAGUAAUGGGCCGCAUACGGUCAACUUCGUGCUCAAGGUUGAUGCGCACACGACGAGCGACCAGGUGGUAGCUCUGUUUGAUUAUGCGGUGGUUACCACUGCGGCGGCGCAAAGUGGUGGGGGUGGGGGGAAUACUGGAGGGAGUGGGGGCGGUGGGACAACUGGUGGAGGCGGAGGGACCACUAUAGGCGGAGGUACGACCACGGGUGGGAAUGGCGCAGGAAGCACAUCCAGCGGAGGUACCACUGGCAACAACGGUGAUAGUAACUCCGCAAAUCCAAACUCUCCAUCGAAUCCAGUCGCGCCUGUGUCAAAUAAUCCAAGCUCCGCCCCGGCAAAGACAGGCUCGUCAUCUCCUACACAGUCUCCGAAAGCCAUCGGGGCAGGAGCCGCUGGACAAACAUUCUCGACCACCGUGACUAUCGCAGGUGCUAACAGCACCAGCAGGCCGCCACCCACGAGCCCCGCGACCUCCAAACACAGUUCUGUCGCUGCUGGUGUCGGCGCUGCUCUCGGUGCCGCGGCCCUCAUAGCCAUGCUAAUCGCCGCUUUCUGCUUUUGGAGACGACGCAAAGCCCGCCAUCCGCACGUUUCCGUCUUCCCUGUUGCCGCAGCUACAAAGGCAAUGGAGGAAGCACGUCCCUCGGGCGCUUCUCUACCUAGGAUACCAGAGGAUGCUGCGCCUAGUAUGAACGAGAAAAGCGACCCGUUCUGGACAGCUGCAGGCGUACUUCCUUCGGUAAACCAUCAACAUGAUGCCCCUGAGCGAGACGACUCCCCGGUCCGCUUCGCCAGCAAUUCCAAUUCCCCCGUUGACCCUGACUUGGACCUCGGGCCGCCCCCAACAGUCUCGCGCUCCCCGUCGGUGAUCGUGAGCGUGACUUCUCGCGGGCGGAGUGCACAGACGACGUCGUCGAUGCGCGAGCGGGAGCGUGUUCUGGAGGCGCGGGUGGCGGAGCUCGAGGCGCGCAUUGGGACGCUGGGGACAGUGUUGGUGGCCGAGGAUGCGCAGCCGCCACCAUAUGUGCGCCGCUCGCAGGAGGUUGCGCCUAGUAGGAGUCUAUUGAGUAGUUGA